CAGCACAUGGCUGAGACCGCCUCCUCAUCUUCUGCCGUGCAACAGAAGAAGCAACCUGGACGUGUGUCAUUUCUUCUUCGGAACAUCGGUUUCUCAUAUUUGCAUUGGCGCAGGCAACGGGUCGAUAGAUCGUACAGUUAGCUUGAUUUGGGCGCUCAGCAUACUAGUUGCACAUUGCUAUUGAUGCAUUCAUGCUCAUAUCGAUGACUCCGGAGCUGAUCAACCGGGCUGGCCCAAUCCACCCAACUAGCCAUGGAUGAUCGCCCGAUGCGACAGGCGGAAGGGUCGUCUUCGAAGAGUCGACGCGGCUUUGAUCCUCCAGGGUUUUUGUUCGGUGCAGGAAGGACGCCAACCUCGAGCUUCGGAGCCGAGAUGUCUGCUGCGAGCAGUCUUGGCCCUGUGCUUCCACGGCCGAAUAGAGCAGGUCCGAGGCGGUCUGCCCCAGGCAAAAUGGCGAGCGAUGGCCGAGCAGUCGAAGCACAAUGGCAUCAUCAGGCGCUAGCAUCAAUAACCUCACCACCUUCCUCACGGACACGUCCACGUACACCGGAUCAGCAAGAGCCUAGCAUAUUGACUUUCGGACCUGGCUCAGCCUUUCGUAUGGCGAUGGAGUACCCGGAGCUCGCUAUCAAGCCGUCUCCACAGUCUUCUCCGACUAAACGACCGCAAGUACCAGACAAGUAUCGCAUCGUAUUCAGAGGCUCGCGGUCGCAAUCACCUUCGCCAUCACCCUCACCCUCACCAUCACCAUCGCCGUCGACAUCGGUAUCUACUUCGCCUUCGCAAGACGAGAUGGAGGGAAGGUCAUCUGGAUUCGGUCAGCUUCGCGGCAGUCAUCGACCGCAUGCCUCUUCUGCCCUGUCUGACUCUCAAGGCCAUAUUUACAGUCACAGUCACAGCCAUCGAAAGCAGCCGCAGCAGCAUCAGCAAAGAGUCUACGCGUCACACGUUGGCCGUGUAACAAGUGGUUCAUCGUCGGUCACGACGAGUACAACCGCGUCAUCAUCAGGCAUAUCUGGCACCGGAACGACUCCAAGCGGCAGCCGCAGCGGGUUUAGCGCAAGCACGGGAAGCGCCAGCAGCAGUCGUAUCAGCAUGAGUCGAGGGCGGAGCGCAAGCAGCAGUGGCGGCGGUUGUGCGCACGCGUCCUCAGUUUCGCCGCAUCACUUACGAACACCCACCUCGCCCAUGACGAGCGCUUCCAUUGACCCCGGAAGCACUUCGUCGACAGGCAUCAGGCCAGAACCCGUAUACAUGUCGGCUUCUCCGCUGCUCCGGAAGGGUAAAGCGAAAGAGAGUGAAAGCUGGGAUGAAGAUUUCCUGUUCGGCGACGCUGAAUACGAGGACCUAGCUGUAGACGAUCGCCGCGAAUACGGACGGCAGGCGGCGUUGGCCGGAGGUUCUCCGCGUCGGAGGCGACGGUAUCUUACGUUUGGCGUCCCAGACUUGCCCCUAGAUGUGGGGCAAAGGCGUGCCGCCGAUGAUAUGGAUGGCAGUCCUGGAGGUGUAAGCCCAAAGCAUUCGCGACAGGACAACAGUCGCAUUGCGCAGGAACUUUCAGGUGCAACCUCUUUCCGUUCCACUGAAGUGAUCCACGCGCCGCUCGCAGCCAGCCGUGACGGAGAAGAGUAUAUCGCAAAUGGAAGUGCAGGAUUGGAUGGAGAGGACGAGAAUUGGGACGCAGAAUUCCUCAUGGACACCAUUAGCCCAUCACCCUCGGCUUUACCGGUGUUUCGGAGAGAAAGCUUGGCCACCGAGAGCCCAGGUCGGCCCCCAGGGUAUACGCCGAGGAUCGUGCCGUCGCGCUCGUCGAGGACUUUGCGAGGGAACGAGGUUCAGAUGCAUCCGAGCUCUGGCGGCGGGACGAGUGCAGCGACCAGUGCUGCUGCGCUUGCAGGUUCACUCGUGAUGGAGAAGAGGUUUUCAGACGAGGACUCUGUUGCCAGUGGAUUCACAGAUCUGUCAGGACCUGCGCUUUCCGCUUCGGGGUCCAUGUCGUCCACACGCAGUCUAGAGAAGGAUGUCAAGCGGUGGGCCAUUGCCAGUGCCGCCGAUGCGAAAGAAUCUGGACGAUAUGAUGAUGGAGAGGACACAGACACUGAGACGGAAGGAGAAGAGAAGUCUGCCGCUGCUGCCAUCGCCGCAAGCUCGCGCAUAGCCACAUCCGACAACGAAUUGGAGCGGCCUAAUCAGCGUUCCCUGCUCGAAGGACUACGCGGCGAGCGAAAUGGCGUCCCUGGUAAUGGCGGCAAACCCUUCGCUCAAGCAUCCUCCACACCUAAAGCCGCUGCAAUUGCUGGUUCUGCUGCAUCCACGAUAUCGCCUCCUUCGGCCGUGGUGACACCUGCACGCCAGCGCGGCGCAUCGUUGCCUAAAUACAAUAAGAAAGAAGGUAGGAGCGUACCCUCUGUCGCAGCGAUCCAGUUUCCUUCGACACCGCCACAUGACCGCUCUUCAAACGCUGUCUUUCCGUUUCUCGAUGAUACACCGCUCGUCUCUGUUGCUCCGGCAGUCAACUUGGCCGAGGAGGUGCAGAUGGAGCAGAAGCAAGCAAAGAAGCUUUCUGGCAGACAGAAUUGGAACCCUUUUCGUUCAUCGAUUACCAAGCGCGAGCCUAGCCCUGAUCCUUCAGCCUUGCCGAAGUCUGCCAAUUUGGAACAUCUGGCAGCUUCGUCGGGAUGGCGCAUACAGGGCCGCGGCCCUUCGGCAUCGUUUGACUUACCAGGUCUACCAGCGUCUUCAACGCCGCCCGCCGGUCCGGAUGGCGGCACCGCGGUAGCUGCGAUCACAGCAGCAUCACGCGAAGAUAAAGGGAAAAGGAAGAAACACAAGCGCACACAGAGCAGUUUAUCACUGGCGUUCGGCUUCCCACGAGCGUUUUCGCGUUUGCAGGCGGAGAGCUCACCGGUGCAAGGCAAUACGCUCGCAUCGUCUUCUUCGCUAUCGCUGGCAAGUGUGAGCGAAGAUGACGCAUCGUCGGCAACGAUGGGAGUGCUCGUUCCCGGGAACAGCAGUGCUGGACCCUCUGUCUCUGUCAAUGCGGCAAUACCAAGUCAUAGGGCUAUGGAAGAGCCCUUACUGCAAGUGUGGUCUGGGCAACCGAGCAGUUAUGGCAACGAGCGUUCCUCUAAGGUAUCAAUGCUCGGUUGCAGUGAAGUUCUUCCGCCUCCACGGCUGGCAGUAUCGAAAUCUCGCAUCAUCUACGCAGGCCAUGAAUCCAAGCCUUCCGACGGUUCGUCCAGUUAUCACACACAGUCCAGCCAGGGAGGCCCGUCCGAUCUAAGCUCCAGCUACACGCAUGGCAGUGCGUCUCCAAUCCCAAUAGAAGAACGAGCGACGACUGCAGCUGGACCGAGGCGCUUCGCGGCAAUGCGGAAAGGCAGCGGGAGCGAGAAAAGCUCAGAUGCAUCUGUGUACGCCACGAGUUUCGAUUCUCACCACGCGCAGGCGCCAAUAGCCGUGGGCGAUCGUGGACUCUUGCCGAAGGACCAGCUGCAGGAAAGCGCGAGGCGUCGAAGUUCGACUCAAGAAGCGGAGCGCACACUCGCCACUUCCGACUCGCUUGCGACAAUACAGAUACGUAAAUCAUCAACAGAACAAGCCUUUGCGCCUGCACUGCCUGGGCCGAAAUCGCCUUUGCGAGCCAGGAAGACGCAGAGUGCACUCAAGGACAGCACCACAGGCGGCAGUGGUAGCAGCCACAAUGAAGCGCAGGCAAAUGCGCGAGAGAUGGAACGGCCUGGCAUGGGUAUCAAGUCGCAGAGCGAGACGUUCGUCCGGCGCAACAGUCUGGGGGACCUGAGAAUUCCCAAGCGCAUCAGUCAGGCUCAGCAAGGGCUCCGCACCAACAUUGGGUUCGUCCGGAACUUCGCGCAAGGGAUCGAGGACCUGAAGAUUUUACAGAUUCGGCACAAGGCCCUGCUGGACACAUUGCCGCUUGCGUCAGGGCUACUGUCCCUGGACAUUGACCGCACCGAAGCAGCCACUGCGUCCUGGUGGGAGUGUGCAGAUGUCCUCAUCAGUCUGGCAGAGGGAAAGAGCGUUGAGGAUGAUCGAGUGACGGCGAUGACGGUCAGUCACUCUGAAUCGAUCGCUCAGAUGCGAGAGCGGCGCAUCACCUUUGAUGGCGGUUCGCGUCGUCGCUCGUACAGAUCGGUCAGUGGCCAGAGCUCCGAAGUAGACUCCGCAUCUUUGCACGCGUCGGAUCGAGGCAGCCAACGUGGUGGAUCCCGUGUCGUGUCUGCUGAGCGAGAGUUGGACAUUUUGACAGCGAUGCUAUCCGGUGAAGCUCCCACAGCUAGCGGAAUGCGCCGGUCCUCUAACAUCACGCAGAUGAGUUCAAACUCAAUGUCUACGUCAUGUCACCCUCUGCCAUCGCCCGCCCUUCUUUCAUUCGUUGAGCCAAACCAAUCUGCCGAGUUGACACUCGACUCUACAGCCAAGGCGCAAAGCCGAUCGACAACCCCGUACAUCAGUUCGACUGCGGCAAUAUCUACCGAGUCAUUCCAGCAAGGUUCCAUCAGUAAAGGCUCUCGCGGCCGUUUAAAAUCUGCGAGCCGAGGAGGCCUAUCCGGGCUGAAGGAGUUGCUCAAGUCUUUCCGUGUCUCAGCAACCGCAGCAGAACCUGUUCCGCAAGUGCCAUACGGAAGCAAGAAUGCUAUGGUGUCGACCGAGUCUAUUGGAGGGGAUGCGGCGGAUCGCACACAAUGGUCACUGCCCGCUUCACACCUCAAGAUGGGUAGAGCGGCUUCAUCGGGGCGUGGAGCCAAUGAAAGCAAGCCAUCGCGACGCCUGUCGCAAAUCUUGCGUAUUUCGAAGGAUGCACCGUCGCCUUCGGUCGAAGCACCAAUUCCGACAUCUACAGGCGGCCGUCGAUCGUCGACGGAAGAAGCAUUUCAUAAUGUUCGCCGUCGCCUCUUUUCCUUCGGGGGCAGCGGUGGCCAUGGGAACCCUGCUUCGCGUCCAAUUUCACCGCCUGUGGUAGGAAAAGCACCUUCGACCCUGCAGUCCCCGCGUAAGCAGCCCAUCGCGCUGCCGGAUUCAGGAGAGCAAGAAUGCGGCACCAGCAAGCCGCAUCGACGCUCGUUUUCAAUCUUGGGGCAACAAUCUCCUAGUUCAGCGUUUGACACUAGCCAUGCUACUACUUCUAUACCACCGCCAGCACGGAGGCCGUCUGCUACAGCUGUCGUCUCAGAAAAAGAUUCUUCGGUGUACAAAAAGCUGGCGAUGCGGCCAGAGGCGAUGCCUUCCUUGAUUGCGUAUCUACAAGUUACAAAGGCCAAGUGUGAGGCGCACCUUGACGACUUGAAGCUGUUGCAAGCAGCCAUGGAGCAGACCACAGUCCAGACGCAGGCGUCGACGCCUUCCUCGGUGGAAAAGAACGCGACCAUUCGGAGUCCUCGGAUGCACAGCUCGGAGUUACCGGAAGGAACGGUCAAAGUCGCCAAGAACCCGAAUCGCUUGAGCGGGCCCUUCCCCUCCAUGCCCUCUGGCUGAGUCACGCACUGGAUCUAAUUUUCAUGUAUCGCAUCUCUGCUCUGUAUGCAUUCAUAUCCAGCGCU